AGAAUUCAGAAUUGCAAUUCAAUAUUUGUUAGAAAUCUUUGCAUAAUUCUUUUUCCCAGCCCCAUACUGUGUUACUGUUAAUAUAUAAUGAUCUAAAUCUUAAGAGGAAUGGGCAUCAUCCAAUCGGGUUGUCUGUUGUUCUGUCCUAUACUUGUGAUCCAGAGAAUUGGGAGUGAUAUCAUCUGUAACAACAUAAAAGCUUCUUUAGUGAAGAUGAUGUCUGCAAAAGACAUGGUUAAAGUAAUGAUCUUCCUGUUUGCAAUUUGUUUUUUCGCAAAAUCAGAUGGGAAAACCCUGCAGAGGAAAACUGUGGGUGAAAUACAGCUUAUGCAUGACCGGCGUCAACAUCUGACCAAGAAGGAAAGGCAGGAGUGGCUACGGAAGUUGCUGGAGGAAGUGACCAUGGCAGGUGCUAUGGUUCCCAAGGAUGUUUCCAGGAGGUCUCUAAGAAGGGAAGACAAUGUCCUGGUUGAGAGCCAUGAAAAACGCCUUGCAGAAGCAGACAAAGCUGAUGUGGACGUAUUAACUAAGGUUAAAUCCCAGUGA